AUGGCAUUCAGCUUCAACUUCGGCGGCGACGAUAUCGACCAAACAGUCGAUCAGGACAUUCCCAUCUUGGACGCGCCAUCAUCAGAGACAACAACAUCACAAGCACCACCUCCAGUCAACGUCCUCCAGCACGAUCUACGCCAAUUAUACGAGACUCUACCAGAUAGAUUAUGCUACAGCACCGCUCAAAUCGUGUCGCCAACCGGCAAGCAAAUCCUCUUGCCACGCCGCGAACUCUUCGAUAUUCGCGUGCAACUCAUGUCCGAAGCAUCUGCUGACAACGACAACGACACCACAUUAUCCCAACUGCAAUCUACAGACCUGGCACCCAAUGUCUACGAGGGUGGUUUCAAGACUUGGGAGUGUAGUGUUGAUUUGUCUUCUUUGUUGCUUGAUCGCGGUCCUCGCAAAGAUAUUGAUGAAUUGGUUCGUUGUGAUGGAGUCGUGGAGUUGGGUGCUGGAUCUGCUUUGCCUACGCUUACUCUAUUCCAACACUGUCUCAGAAACGGCAUCCCUCAGACUUUUACUUUGACAGACUAUAAUGCUAGUGUGUUGAGAUUGGUCACAUUGCCCAACUUGAUCCUCACUUGGGCGGCUACCACAUCUCCACCUUUGAUCGAUCUAUCUGCCGAGCCUUCGGGAGAUCUGGAAAACAUUCCUGCUCUGUUGUCUGAAUUCUUGGCUGGAUUGGCUGCUUCUAGGAUCCAAUUGUCGUUUAUCUCUGGCCCUUGGGGUGAAACUCUUGCUUCGUUGAUCCCGGAAUCUGCUCCUGAUAUGGGCAGUUUGAUCUUAGCCAGCGAAACAAUUUACAGCCCGGCUUCAACAACAGCCUUUGUGGAUCUAUUGAUUCACCUGCUGCGUCGCACAAAGAUGGCAAAGGCAAUCGUUGCGGCAAAGAGAUUCUACUUUGGCGUAGGAGGCAGCGUGGACCAUCUGAAGGAAGUGUGCGCAGAAAAUGGCGCGGUCGCCUAUGAGGUGGAAAAUUCUGGCGUUCCCGGCAUGGACUCUGGUGUUGGCAGAGCGCUCGUCGAGGUGCAGAUGUAUUGA